AUGAAGGGCAUAAUUGACUUUCGGAUCGGACUAGACAUCAAUAUAUUCUAAUACUUCCUUUACAUUUUCAGACCAUCUUUUAAUAUCAAGCUCACAAUUGUAGAAAAAUAAAGAUAAGAUGGAAGCCCAAGGAACCAGCAACCAAUCUCUCAGCAGCAAGGCAUUUUGCAAGUGCAGUGAAGGGUGGAGCUGUGUGAUCACUCGUACGGUGGGGCCCGACGCCGGCAAGACCUUCGCCAAAUGUGGCGGUGGAUGCUGUUGUACUGUUGAUGCAGAUGGGACAGUGUCCCAAGAGUUGAAUGCGGAAGAGGCCAAGGGAGAGGCAUACUGUGAGUGUGGGGAAGGAUGGAGUUGUGUCAUCUCUAAGCUUGAAGGGCCUGAUAUGGCUAAACCCUACUACGAAUGUGCUCAGAAAAGUUGUGUUUGUACUACUACUGCUUCUUCCUAAGUUGUAUUUGUACUGCUGCUGCUGCUGCCUGAUGAAUAUGCCUUCAUAUGGCUUAGUUUGUUUGUGUGUGUGUAUCUGUAAUAUCAGUGUUGUAAACUAUGCUAGGAUGAUCCGGUGAUGAUGUUCAAUGGAAUAAAAAUAUAAUACUAGAUAUCUUCUAUA